UUAUUUAUUUAUUUUAUUCUGAUCUGGUAAUUGCUGCCAGAGCAAAAGAGAGGUGCUGCUAGCUGGAAGGACCAGUACUCUCCACACAUGAUGCUCGGCGUUUCAGGCGGCGCCGCCGCUGCGGAGGCGGUGGAAGCACACGAGAGCGGCGGCGCUAGCGGUGGCAGCGGCUCCAGCUCGGUUCCAGGCGGUGCUAUUGAAGAGAGUGAGAGAAGUGGCGGCGGAGGCGGCGGAAACCGGUGGCCGAGGCAGGAAACAUUGGCUUUGCUGAAAAUUCGAUCUGAUAUGGAUGUUGCUUUUAGAGAUGCGAGUCUUAAAGGUCCAUUAUGGGAUGAAGUUUCCAGGAAAAUGGCGGAGCUCGGAUUCCAACGACACCCGAAGAAAUGCAAAGAGAAGUUCGAAAACGUGUACAAGUACCAUAAACGAACAAAAGACGGCCGAUCGACGAAACCCGACGGCAAAAGCUACCGUUUCUUCGACCAAUUAGAAGCUCUCGAAAACACCCCUCCCAAUUCGAUAUCAUUCACCCCUCCACCUCCACCGCCACGUCCUCAGCCUCCCGCCGCCAUGGCAGUGGCGGCUCCGGCGAACGGAACUCCGAAUAUCGUACCAAUGCCGUCGAUUAGUCCAACCCCUUUGAGUAUAGUCCACCCUAAUAACACACAAAAAACCCCAAUAAAUAAUCCUUCUUCAUUUCAGCCAAUGCUAUCUCAAUUACCACCACCGCUACAACAUCCUCAAAGCAACUUUCAACCCUCGUCGCAUCCUUACAACAACUUACCCACCGGCCAGCUGUUGAAUUCGACGUCUUCUUCUUCAUCCACUUCGUCCGACGAGGAUAUAAUACAAAGGCGGAGGGGUAAAAAGAGGAAAUGGAAGGAUUACUUCGAGAGGCUAAUGAAAGAUGUCGUCCACAAGCAAGAGGAACUGCAGAAGAAAUUCUUGGAGGCGUUGGAAAAGCGCGAGAGGGACCGAAUGGCGAGGGACGAGGCUUGGAGGGUUCAAGAAACUGCCAGGAUCAACCGCGAGCACGAACUCCUCCUCCACGAGCGGUCCAUCUCCGCCGCCAAGGACGCGGCGGUGAUCGCCUUCCUCCAGAAGGCAACUCACUCAGACGACCGAGCCCCUCCGGAAAAUAACCCGCCGCCACCGCAACAACCUCCUCCGCGGCGGCAGCAACCUCCGGCUAUGCCGCCGCCGCCGCCAGCGGCGGUGGCGGCGCCGGCGCCGGCGGCGCCGGUACAACAAGCAGGCCCGCUCGUCGUAGUGCCGACGGAGCAAGCGGGCCCGCUUGAAGUGGCGGUUAUACCGAGUGGUGGAGGGAGCGCGUCGAGAUGGCCGAAAGCAGAAGUGGAAGCUCUGAUCAAUCUGCGAACGAGGUUGGACUUAAAGUACAUGGAAAACGGGCCGAAGGGCCCGCUUUGGGAGGAGAUAUCGGCGGAGAUGGGGAAGAUAGGGUACAAGAGGAGCUCGAAGAGAUGCAAGGAGAAGUGGGAGAAUAUAAAUAAGUAUUUCAAGAAAGUGAAGGAGAGCAACAAGAGGAGGCCCGAAGAUUCGAAGACGUGCCCAUACUUUCACCAGCUCGAGGCUAUAUAUAAAGAGAGGGCCAAUCAUAGUAGUAAUAAUCAUGGCCCGUCGACUUUCGAACACGAAAGCCCGAUGCUGCCUAUAAUGGCCCGGCCCGAACAGCAAUGGCCUCUCUCUCAACAGCAACUGGAAAAGCAUGAUUCUGUAUUGAUAAUGCAUGGGCAUGAUCAAGACGGAAGUGAAAACAACGAACACGAGGAAGAAGAUGACGAGGAGGAGGAGGAGGAAGAAGACGAAGGUGGUGGUGCCGGCGGCGGUUAUGAGAUAAUGGUGAACAAGCAGCAGCCAUCUUCGGUGGCAAACACGGCGGAGUAGUGGAGAGAGAGAGAGAGAGAGAGAGAGAGAGAGAGAGAGGUUUUAAAAAUGGGGGCAAGUGGGGGCUGAGAAAACGGGGGUGGAAUUUGAAGAUGCUGUCAGAGGUGGGGCGGAGGAGAUAAGUGGGUCAGUAAAACGGGCUGGCAGUUGGCAGUCAGAUGUGGUGGUGGUAAAAAAUAUUUGAAACACAGUUAAAAAAAUAUAACGGUGGUUCUGUAAGAUUAUUACAAUUGUGCUAGUUUUUUUUUUUUAAGUUUUUUUUUAUAAUUUAUUUAUUAUUUUGGGAAUAAAUAAAUAAAUUGAGGGGGGUGGAAAUGGAAUAGAGGGCUUUUCAGUAAGAGGAGCUAAUAAGGGGUAGUAUUGUACUUUUUUUUUUCUUUUUUACCUUUCUUUGUGGAGUGUAAAUUUCCUGUGAAUUUAUUUUUUUAAUUAAUUUUUUAUUUUGUUGGGGGUGCAUGUGUAAAGAUUAUAGCCUGAUGUUUGUCAUUUA